AUUGUCGUUUUUCUAACCCUUGUAAACAUCAUUUGCCGCGUUGUAAUUACGAAGCAUGCUUACAGUUGUUUACAUGUGCUGCGGACUUUGGCACUUUUCAUCAUAUAAUGAAAUCUCGCUCUGUCACUGAGUAAUGAUGUUUAGUACAUGUACUAUUGAUAGCUCGUCUGGACUGACUAAGGCCGUCUCAGUGUAAACUACGAUUAUAUCGGAUGCUACUUUCUCGUUAUCUACCCGCGCCAUUUUGUCAGUAGACCGGGUGAUAUUUAUCUGUCCCGUACUCAGACGGCAUGCACUAUGGAUGAUACCGGACUCGGGGUAUAUAAACCACUGGACAUCGUGCUACACGGCGUAUAUGAUCUAGUGGAACUCGUACAGAGCGCGUGGAACAUGUUUGAAUCUACAACAACAGCCACUCAGUCCCUGGGUGGGGGUAUCCCGGAUGUGUGCUAUACGGAACUGUUUCAGAGGAGGUAUUUAUUUUACGGACAGUGCCUGCUGACAUUUGUGGUGAAAAUCUACGGUUAUGUGUUAAUUGGAUCCAUGAUUUUUGGUCAGCUUCCUCAAAUAUUUAAAGUUCUUAAAAGACGGAAUGGUUCCGGAAUCAACGUCAUGAGCACGCUUCUCAUGCUGGAGGCCUCGUCGUCCACUGUAGCGUACUCAGUCUGGAAACAGUUUCCCAUUAAUGCAUGGGGCGAGAAUCUGGUGUUUAUGGUGGAGAACGUGGUACUGGUUUGUUUGUUACUGCAGUACAAUAGGCGCCCUCUGUCGGCACUGAUGUUUAUGCUACUCUACAUCGUGAUUAUGCUUACUCUACUUUUACCUGUACUGCCCACAACGUUUCUCAUCUCUCUCCAUAUUCUCAGCAUGCCCGUCCUGAGCGUCAGCAGGGUGAUGCAGAUCUACACAAACUUUAAGAACCAUGGGACUGGGCAGUUGUCAGCAGCCUCGGCCUUUCUCAGCGCGUUCCAGAGUUUUGGAAGGUUCACGUCCUCAGUGCUGCUGACCAUGGACAAAAUCAUGAUCCUAACCUUCGUCCAGGCAUGCGUACUGAACAUCUUUCUCACGGUUCAAAUUGUUUAUUACAGAAGAAAAGAAAAGAAAAGCAAGCGCGCGACGUGAAAGUAAAACUGUCAAAUGAUGCAGAAUCGUGCAACCAUUCGAUGUCAAAUCGUCAGGUGUCUUCUUAAGGUCUGACGCAUCUAAUGAAAGGGAAUUAUCACUGCAGCAUCCCGAAUAUUUGUGAGGUACGGAAAAUGUCAUUGUCUUUAGACAACGAAUGACAACUCUAUACAUGUAACACAGGAGAGAGAGAGAGAGAGCAGUGAACCAGUAAAUCUGUGAACCAGUAAAUCCGCCCAAAAUGCAUUGUAAAUCUCAAAUACGUUGAAAGAUACAAAUGUACAUGCAUGUGUGUUGUUUUGUGAGGGUUUGUGUUAUACGAAAUGAAAUCAUGAUCAGCUGACAUAUCGCACCUUUUAAAACAUGAAAUGUUUCAAUUCAUCAAACCACCAGGAAUGUAUGGCAAUGUAUGUUGUAGUUUUCAUUGUAUAACAAAUGUAAUUGUGACGAUGGAUUUAAUAAAUUGACGAAACUAAA